UGGCCUGGGGAAGAUCGCACGAUCUGUUCUCCACCUCGCACAAACCACCCAAACAAUAUUCCGUCCAGAAUGAUGUUGAUCUUACUAUCUUUCUAGAUCAAGUAUCAUUCAGUUUAUUUCUUCUAAGGAUGAAUUGAAUGCAGUCUCAACCUUUUCUUAUAAUUACCUUAUUUAACCUUUCGCGGGACUGCGGAGCGUGUCAAUACUCAGGGGCUACCCACAAUACCCACAUCCAGAUCCAGAUCCAAACUAUAUAUAUAACAGCAUCAACAAUACCAAAUCGAGUAUAUCAUGAGUUGACUAAUUAUAGUCUCCCAAAUACUAACACAUUUGCGAGGGAACAGUCGCAUGAUAAGACCCUGCCAGGUAUUGACUUCCCUCCAUAUGAUACUCGGUGGAAAUAAAUAUAUAUAUAUAUAGAGUACUACUGGAAAGAGCUUCAAAUCCUACUAAAGGUUGGCUUUGCCAGAGGAACCCCUACAAGUUGAUAACGUAAUAAAUAUGGAGUCAC